GAGAAGACACAGGCGGAGAGGGUGAAAGAGGACGCUCUUGCACGCUCAGACGCCGCAUCUCCCGCCGGGGAACCCUCACCUGUUACUGAGGCUGAACCCCAGCCCACCCCUACCCCAACGGAACUUCCUCAAACACAAGCGCACGCAAGCCCCCUGACAACACAGAGCAACAUGCCCAUGUGGGUCAGCUUCUUCUCCGGAGGGCGGAACCUGGCACGGCCAUUGAUCAAGCAGGGAGAGGGAAUGGAGGUGAUGAUGAUUGAUGAGGAGGCGACAGGAGCGGGAGCUGGCGGGGGUGUGGGAGUAGGUCCUGUUGGCGCUGGUGCGGCAGGCGGUGCGGGUAGUGGGAGUGGGACGACAUCUAGUGUGACUGGGAGUGGGGUUGGUGGCAGUGGUGCUAGUGCUCUGACAGCACAGGUUGAUGCCGGGACAUCUCUAAGACCCUCAUCGGCCGUUGCGUCCUUCAGUGCCAUCCAGACACCGUCGAGCAGCGUCCCCAACACAGGCAUCACCAACGCCCCCAAUUCUACCACUGCUAAGGAAGGAUCGAAGCGCAGUACUGCUCAAGAAGCUGCCAAAGCUGCUGGGACUGCCAAGGAAGCGGUAAGGGCGGCUCGGUGCGCGUCUAAGGAGCCUCUCAAGCCCGGUCCUGGGGAGAAAGAUGUAGGAAAAGAUGUCAAACCGAGCAGUCUGCCUAAGGAUACGCUCAAGAUUACUCUGGUCGGUGGGACGGGGAGUAAGCCAGGGAGCAUCAAAGCUGGCACAUCACCUGGUUCUCCGGCACUAACUGUCCCCCCGAAAGCUCCCACGCCUGAGCCCAAAGAUGCCCCUGCCUCUCCGCUCACUGUCAACCCCAAGCUCAAGAAGGCACUUGCGGACAGCAAGCGCGCUGCUCCUGUGACAGCCAAGAAGGACAAGGCCGAGCCUUCACCGCCUUUGCCGAACUUCCUCCUACCUACAUUCCAGGACGUGUUCUACCAUCCCCCUCUGUCUUUCCGCCCUCCGGAGGCGGACGGGAAGCCGUCUGGCGCACUGAAGAAGACGAUGCGCUACGUGAACAAGUUCCUUGGCGCGCCGCCCAACUACCGCCCAGUGCUGAUCGAUCCUGAGCUGGCGGAGUAUCAGCGCCGUCUGGAGAAGGGCAAGGGACGGGAAGGAGAAGAGGUACCAGUUCCCCUCUCGGCUAGCAGCAAAGCGAUGCAGGAAAAGUCCCAGGUAGAGCGAAUGAAGCUCGAGGGCAUGCCAGCGCUGAUGCCUCGUAGCUGGGCUGUGAUGGGCGUUGACCGGCUUGGUGAGAUGAGGGCUGUCAAGCGGGCUGUCGUCGUUGGUAUCCAUGGCUGGUUUCCCGGAGGGAUGUUGAGGAGUGUGCUGGGGGAGCCGACGGGGACGAGUGCAAAGUUCGCCCAGAUGCAGAGGGAUGCGUUGUUGGAUUAUCUUCAGAAGCACGAUAUCAAGCUUGAUACACUCACAGAGAUUCCGCUCGAAGGAGAGGGCACAAUCGCACACAGGCUGGAGAAGCUCUACUCGACACUCACGUCUAAUGAACUGUGGAUGAACGACAUCCACCAAGCCGAUGUUAUCCUCUUCGCAUGUCAUUCUCAGGGAUCGAUCGUGACUUGCCAGAUCAUGGACCGCUUGCUCGAGGAAGGGCACAUCUAUACUGGCUACCCGGAGCAGACUGCGGGGGAGACGAUCGUAAAGCUUCAGACCCAAGGACCAGCCAUCCCGAGAAAAGUACAGCGAGUCGUUUGCCUCGCGCUGUGUGGAAUCCAUCUCGGCCCGCUCCUCUACCUCAAUACCAGCGUCCUCACACAGCCUUGGCUUCAUUAUGUGGAGACGGCUGCAGCGCGUGAGCUCUUCGAGUUCCAAGAUACGGAGAGCGAUGUGUCGAAGCGGUACGUGUCGGCUCUCGGAAGAGUGCUCGACCAUGGCUGCAAGUUCGUCUACAUUGCUUCGCUCAACGACCAAGUUGUGCCCAUCUACUCUGGCGCGUUUGUGAACGCCUCACACCCGCUCAUCCUUCGCGGCCUGUACGUCGACGGCGAUGCCUACAGCUCGACAGACUUCCUCACCAACUUACUUGUCCUCUGUCUUCGCCUGCGAAACGCAGGCCUCACCGAUGGAGGCCUUGUUGUCCACCUGUCCGAAGCGACAGCUGGCUCGCUCAACGGCGUCGGCCAUAGUUCUGCAUAUGAAGAGAUGGCGUGUUACACACUUGCCGUACGCUUUCUUUUCGAGACCAACAACACUCCCGGACCGCUCCCUCCUCUCGAGCUGGAGCCUUUCUCUGCGCGCGAGUCGCGUAAUGACUACGAAAUACCGUGGAUCCUUAACGAACUUGUCACCCACCCGGCCGUACAAGAAUGGUUCCUGUCUGAGAUUGAAGAGCUGCGUGCAGCGUUCGACGACUGGAAGCCAAAGACCGCGGCACUGAGAGAUAUCAGGAGGAAGCUAGAACCGAUCAAGCGGAAGGGGCGAAAACUCAACCGGAUCGUUGUUGGUCCAAGCCGUUUGUAACAU